GCACGCUAGAUGAGCCGGGUGAAGUCUGUGAGCGCGCGUGAGGAAACAAUGCAGUGUCCGCAGAGCGCGUUUUGUUUUCCUUAAUUCACAUUUUUUGAUCGUAGCUGAUCGGGAGAACCUGGAGCGGAGACGCUCCUGCGGCUGAGCCCUCCUCCUCUCCUUCCCUCCUCUCCUUCCCUCCUCUCCUUCCCUUCCCUCCUCCCUCGGAUACGCUGGAGUUUCUCCUCGAAGGAGACGGAUUCAGCGGAGAAAGCGGAGCGGAACUUAGCGCACGAUGCAGGGGGGCCCGACGGCUGACCUGCCCGCCUCCUCCCUGCAGUACCAGUGUGGAUCGGUGGACUUCCUGUGUUCCCCGCCGCUGGCGAAGAAAGGUCAGACGCCCAGACAAUGUCAGGACAGGCCCGCCGUCAAACCCCGGCCCCAGCCCUCCACCUCGCCCAGACCGCCAACCGCACAGAAACCUCAAGUGCCCCCUAAACCUUCGCACCUGCUCGCCCUCGGGCAAGACAAGAAGCCCAAGAGGAUCCCCCCGCCGCCGUCCAGACCCCUGCCGGCCCCCCCUCCGCCGCCCAAACCGAGGCCCGGACUCGCCCCUCCUGCCUCGGGACCGCAGCCGCAGAUAGAGGCCCAGAAGGUGGGGCUGCUCAUCGAGAGGUUCGAGAACUCAAGGGUUCCCAUCCUGGGGGUCCUCCCGCGGUCCCAGCUGCACUUGUGUCUGAGAAUGGACGCUGCGUCGGACGUCACUUCCUCCUGCGGCCUGGACCCCGCGGAGAAGGUCGCGGGAGACUCCUCCCCCGCGGACAAACUUGCACUUGGCGCCUCGGAACGGACUCACGAGGUGUCCGACCUCGGCCGCCCGGCCUCCGCGCACGCCGACGGCUCGGAGGACGCCCCGCUGGACGACUGCGACAUCGCGCACUCCGUCGGUUGCCUCGGCGACGUGGAGCGGGAAGGGGAAGGCUCCUCCCACGAGCUCCUGGACAAUGCGGACUCCUCGGAGCAGCACGGGAAGAUCCCCAACCGGGACAGCGGCAUCGACAGCCCGUCCUGCGCCGCCGAGGGGGAGGUGUUCCCCAACGAGGACGCCAUCGACGAGGAGGACCAUUACGACAGCGUCACGGAAACGGAGAGCGUGUCCUGCUGCGUCACCCUGGGCAACAAGCGGGACUCGACGCAGGACGAGGACAGCGACCUGGACGAGGGGAGCGGCGGGGAAAUCCAGUCGCUGGCGGAGGCGCAGGCCGGGGAUCUGACGGACGGCCACUCAGGGGCGCACAGGUGCUCAGAGACUCAGAACCUGCUGAACAUCGCCAAAGAGCUCCUCCACACCGAAGAGGCCUACGUCAAACGACUCAACCUCCUCGACCAGGUAUUUUGCACUAAGCUCACAGAGACUGGAAUCCCUCAGGACGUGAUCACGGGCAUCUUCUCCAACAUCUCCUCCAUCUACUGCUUCCACGACAAGUUCCUGCUGCCUGAGCUCAAGACGCGCAUCACCGGAGAAUGGGACUCCAACCCUCGCAUCGGAGACAUCCUGCAGAAACUGGCUCCCUUCAUGAAGAUGUACGGGGAAUACGUGAAGAACUUCGACCGGGCCAUGGACCUGGUCAACACGUGGACACAGCGGUCCUCUCAGUUCAAGAGCGUCGUCCAGAACAUACAGAAGCAGGACGUGUGCGGGAACCUGACGCUGCAGCACCACAUGUUGGAGCCGGUCCAGAGGAUUCCUCGCUACGAGCUGUUGCUCAAAGACUACCUGAAGAAGCUGCCCGGCGACGCUCUGGACCGGAAAGAUGCAGAGAAGGCGGUGGAGCUCAUCUCUACUGCAGCCAACCACUCCAAUGCAGCAAUCAGGAAAAUGGAGAAGAUGCACAAGCUGCUGGAGGUUUACGAGAGGCUCGGAGGAGAGGAGGACAUCGUUAACCCGGCCAAUGAGCUCAUCAAAGAAGGUCACAUCAAGAAGAUGUCAGCCAAAAAUGGAACAGCACAAGACCGAUACCUCUACUUGUUCAACAACAUGGUGCUUUACUGCGUGCCUAAACUCAGGCUGAUGGGACAGAAGUUCAGCGUCAGAGAGAAGAUCGACAUCGCCGGAAUGGAGGUGCAGGAGAAUGUGAAGCAGAACCUUCCUCACACCUUCGCCAUCAUCGGCAAGCAGCGAUCGCUGGAGCUGCAGGCGAGAACCGCUGAGGAGAAAGAAGAUUGGAUUCAGGUGAUCUUGGCCACAAUUGAACGCCACAAACAAAACAGCGAAACCUUCAACAAAGCGUUCAACAGCUCCCUCUCCCGGGACGACGACCAGCACCCCCCCGAGUCACCGGGUCUCUGGUGCAACACGUCCAUCGACUCAGACGGCGAAAGACUGCAUGAGAGGAAGAGUUCCAGGAAAAAGGAGAAAGAGAAACAAACGUGCAAAGGCUGCAACGAGAGCUUCAACUUCACCAAGCGCAAACACCACUGCAAGUCCUGCGGCGCGUCCAUCUGUGCAAAGUGUUCAAAGAACUUGGACAACAAGACGAGCCGCAUGUGCCCCGAGUGUUUUGAAGCCAGCGUCAGCCUGGACACUGUCAGCGUGAGCGAACAGAAGAGGAAAGCUGCAUCUGAGAGACAGACGUCUCUGACGGGGGAGAACUGCCUGCUGUGUGGCCAUCUUCAGCUGCAGGAGAAAGGGAAGAGCUGGUCCAAGAUGUGGGGGGCCGUCACCAAGGCCGAGCCGCUGGUUCUGUACCUGCAGAGCAGCGGGCAGGACUCCAAGGGCGCGAGGCCGGUGCCUCUCGCCGGGUUCGAAGUGAGCGCCGCGCCGUCGGGGGGCGAGAAGCCGGAGGUCCGGCACGCGUUCCGCCUCAGUCACACGCAGCAGACUUUGCUCCUAAGCGCCCCGGAUGCAGAACUUCAGGCCAAGUGGGUGGAGGUCCUCUCCAGCGCCGCCGCCGCCGCCGCCGCAGCCGGCAGCGAGGCGCCCGGGGGCGCGGCGGCGAGCGUGACGGAACACGGACGGAGCCAGUAGCGGCCACGUAGGAGGCCGCAGGACUCGCACGCCCUCCUUCCCCCCCGUGUUUAUAGAGCACACAAUUACUUGAAUUCACUUUACCUUGGCACUUUUUUUUUUUUUGUCUCCUCUUUUGACAGAACCACUCGAUCCUCGCCAUUCAAUCUCCCCCCCCGUGACCACACCGCUCCGUCUUCUGUCUCUGUCCCCGUCCCUGUCGGACACACGCUACCGAGCCGCGCGAGCGUGUUUGGGAUAUUUCAGUGUUUUUAAAACAGCGGAGAGGAACAAAUGUUUUAUUUGUUAAAUAGCUGAAGUUUUUUUUCUCUUUUUUUUUUUUAAAGAUAAAGUUCCUUGUACAUUAUGCGACUGUGUUGUGAAGCAUUAAAUCUUAUUUGUCUGUUUUCCCAUUUGCGUGAAAGUAUGCGUGUGUGUGCGUGCGCGUGUGUGCGUGUGCGAGUCCCCUUCCGUGUUUAUUAAGUAUUGAACGUUAGUGUAAGAAACCUGCGGCCCCUCUGCGCUCUCCUCGGCCCUGCUGGGGACACAGUGGCUCUUCGGUGGGUUUUGUACAGUAUGUGUACUAUAGUGCAAUGUAAGCAACAAAAAGAUGUUUUAAAUUAAAAAAGGCAAAGAGAUGUGUACCCUUGUGGCUGGCCACUUGAUGCUCCCACCGCCCCCGUCUCACGGACCCUCUGCUCAUACUUCGCUCAUCCACAAAGGUAAUCAUGCCCCCCCCCCCCCCCCUCGAGACUUCCAAUCUGAGUCUGAUCCCCCACGUUGGGAUCAAUCCGACCCCUCGAUAUGUCCACUUGUACACGUGCUUAAUAAAUCCUUUCCAUACACUUCUCUCUCUUUCUUAGCAUAGCUUCUCUCAUGUUGGUGAUGUGAUGGAAACCAAGUACUGUGCUGUAAAACUGUUUAUUCUACUUUGCCCUUCCCUCUCACACCCUCUGUACCUGGCUCAUGUCGGCCUCCAGCCUUCAAGCAACAGUAACAAAAAAAAAAAAACUGGUCAUCGCAUCUCCUCGUGCAUGUAAACUCCCGCCUAUUUAUGUACCGAUUUAUGUUAAACAUGCAUUGUGCACCGUGGACAAGCAGUCGAGCAUAUCAUCAAUAAACACACGUUGUGAUUGGUUCAGUACGCGCUGUCCGACGACGUCUUCACCACU